CUCAUUUUUUUUCUCUCUCUCUCUCUCUCUUUCUUUCUUUCGGCAUGUCGCGUCCUGAGCAAGUCGCGCCGGCGGACGUCUACUACAAUGAGGAAGAAGCCCACAAGUACACAACAAACACACACAUCAUCGACGUCCAGAAGCGAAUGACCGAGCGCGCGAUCGAGCUGCUCGCGUUGCCAGAGGACUCGACGUGCUUCUUGCUGGACAUUGGCUGCGGAUCUGGACUCUCCGGCGAAGAGCUCUCAGAGAACGGCCAUGUCUGGGUCGGUCUCGAUCUCAGUCCCUCCAUGCUCAACGUGGCGUUGGAACGCGAGGUCGAUGGCGAUCUGUUCUUGCAAGACAUGGGCCAGGGUGUUGGCUUCCGCCCAGGCUCGUUCGACGGCGCCAUUUCCAUUUCGGCGCUGCAAUGGCUGUGCAAUGCAGAUCAACGAGGCCACGUGCCGCACAAGCGCCUGGCGCGCUUCUUUGGAACGCUGUAUGCCGCGCUUGCUCGCGGUGCGCGCGCCGUGUUCCAGCUUUACCCACAAACCCCGCAGCAAAUGGGCAUGAUCACCGCGGCUGCCAUGAAGGCCGGUUUCACGGGUGGUUUGGUGGUUGAUUUCCCCAACUCUACUCGUGCUAAAAAAAUGUUCUUGUGUCUGUUUGCUGGUGUUGCCGCCGAGGUUCCCAAGGGUCUCGAUGGCACCGAAGGAGAAGAUGGUCAAGCAGGACCUUCCAUGCCUUACAGUCGCAAAGAUCGUGAUGCACAUUUCGGAAAGGGAAAGGGAAAGAAGGCUGCAACAAAGAGCCGCGAUUGGAUUGCCGACAAGAAGGAGCGACGAAAACGACAAGGCAAAGAUGUGCGACCAGACUCUGCCUAUUCUGGCCGUAGUCGUGGUCCCAAGUUCUAAAAUCGACAGAUGUGGCGGUCUUUUUGGCUUUUGUCGUUGGCCGGGUUUAACCGUUGUCUUGUUGUAAAAAUCGAAUUUUGCCUUGCCAUUCAAACCCUU